AUGCCGUCCAUCAUUGAACUCGGUGCGCCUGACCGCAAGAAUGGCGACUUGACAGUCACUGGCGAUUCAAAUGCCCUGCUGUCUCUUCUCAAGGACCAGAUCAGCGAUUUCCCUCCUGGCAAACAAUACAGCAUCGCCAUCAAAGAAGUCCCCGUAACUGUCGAACGUCUGCCUUACUAUCCAAAGGAAGGUGAUCGUCUACAGGAUCCUGGAACCGCUAGAGCAAACAUUGCGGCUUCCAACGAGAGCCCCAACGGAACCUCUCAGGACGACUGGGCUCAGAACCAUCAACACCAGACUCAUGUCGUUUACUGGGACAAGGAUCAAGAUGGUAUCAUCUGGCCUCUCGAUACUUACAGAGGCUGUCGUGCAUGGGGCUGGAACCCAAUUCUCUGUUUGAUCGCAACUUUCCUCAUCAACGUCAACCUUUCCUACCCUACUUCGCCCUCCUGGAUUCCUGACCCUUUCUUCCGUAUAUACAUCUCGAAUCUCCACAAGGACAAGCACGGCAGUGAUUCCAUGACCUAUGACAACGAGGGCAGAUUCAACUUGUUCGCAAAGUACGAUCGUGGCAACAAAGGCGGACUUGACGCUUGGGAUCUGGUUAGAAUGCACAAGGGUCAAAGAAUGGCCAUGGACUUCUUCGGCUGGAGUGCAUCCUUCUUCGAAUGGCUCGCUACCUACCUCUUGCUCUGGCCCGAAGACGGUAUCAUGCGCAAAGAUGAUGUUCGCAGAAUCUACGACGGCAGCAUCUUCCAGUUCAAAGCCGAUGAGUAUGCUGAGAAGAAGAGACAUCACGGCCGUACCAACAGGAGCAUAGAGAGUAGAAAGAAGCAAGCUUGA